UGGCCCUUGAAUAUGGGAGUCGGCAUCGGGUCCGAAUCCCGAUUGGAUGGUUGAAACGGUUGCCUCGUUCCUUGGAGACUGUCUUUGAACGGCUGGCCGUGAGGUGCUCUCGCGGUGGACAUUAUUCACAUGAAAUUAUACGACAACGGAUUAUGCCUCGUACCUUUGACAUGGACUUCACAAGCCGGCGACGCUCGUGAUUGAAAGGCGAUGAGAUUUUGGAGCACCGGGUUGAAGCAAGCCCACUUUGGUUGUGUGGGUGACGUUGUGAGGAGGAGUGUAGAACACUUCCCAUGUCGACUGCUUCCUUCUUUUGUUAGCUGACCCCGAAGUGUUGCCCAGGAUUUUGAAUUUGCGGGUCAUAUUUUUGGUAUUGAGGAGGCGCUAAAAUGAUGGCCAUGCGCGCGUCGGCUCUGUUGUACCUGGUGCUUCUACAAUGCGGUGCUAUCGUUGGGGCACGCAUCCCUGGCAUCAAGUUACCGUCUCAACGCCAAGAAAUCCUCCCGGAGGCGCUUCUCAACAGCAGACCUCUGAUUGGGGUUCUCUCGCAGCCUGGAGAUGGAGAAGAGUACCAGCUCACAAGCAGACCACUGCCUCCUGAUUACAAUACGUCCUACAUCGCUGCCUCAUAUGUAAAGUUCGUGGAGAUGGGGGGCGCUCGGGCUGUUCCGCUGAUCUGGAACGAGCCCGAGGAGACUCUCAGAAAGAAAUUUGCCUCAAUAAAUGGAGUUUUGUUUCCUGGAGGUGGAGCCAGCUUGAAGGACACCCCCUUCUAUCGUGUUGCUGAGAAGCUUUUCAACUGGGCCAUUGAAGCAAAUGACCGCGGAGAUCACUUCCCCGUCUACGGCGUCUGUCUUGGCUUUGAGCUUUUGAGUAUAAUUGUGAGCAAGAAUCAUUAUAUCCUGGAGCGGUUCGAGGCUGAAAACAAUCCUGGUCCUCUACUCUUCGUAGGCGACUCCGCGAAGCAUCAAAGUAUGUUUCAGUGGAUCCCACUUCGUAUCAUUGACGAGCUCAACGAUCAAAAACUUGCAAUGCAAAAUCACAAGUGGGGGCUGUCACCAGAAAAGUGGAUUUCUACGCCAGAACUCAACAAUUUCUUCCAAAUUCUUACAGUGACCCCCGACCUAAACGAAAAGCUGUACGUAUCCACCGUAGAGGCUCGGAAGUAUCCCAUUCUGGGUGUGCAGUGGCAUCCCGAGAAAAAUGCUUACGAGUGGGGCGUAGACAACAUUCCUCACAGUGCAGACGCCAUCGGGGUCACUCAAAGCGUGGCUAACUACCUAAUUGCUGAAGCAAGGAAAUCAUCUCACAAGCCUGCCUCUUAUGAGGAAGAGCAGGCAUUUUUGAUCUACAACUACGAUCCCGUGUACACCAGCAAAGACGGGAAGGGCGUCUUCGAUCAGGCUUACGUCUUCAACUGAAUCAGGUCUCAUUGUAAAGCCACCUCCUUGUACAUUACUAUUUGUUGUCGGUUUUUAUGGAAUGGUGGGAAGUGUUGCCAUUCAGUAUAUAUAAAUGGUUGUAGACAUUCUGGUGAAUCCCAGUUAUUCUUUUUCUUAGAAAUGUUCUGACUUUUAGAGACAUUUUUUUGUACCUUAUUUUAAAUGUUAAUUUUAUUGUAAAGAUGCCUUUACUGUGUUUUAGUUAGUAUUCUAGUGAAAAUAAAUAUUUGGUCCAUAAGAGCACAUGUUUUUUUUC